AUGACAUCUGUGGUUCAGCCAAUGGAUCAAGGAAUUAUUAAAAAUUUCAAGCACCAUUACCGUACUCCACUAGUACUGAACUUGCUACAGGAUGGUGGUAAAAUUGAUAUUUUACAAGCAAAUCGAAUGUCUAAAAAUGCCUGGGAACAAGUAACAUCAGAAACCAUUGCAAACUGUUUCCGUAAAGCUGGUUUUUUAAGCGGAAAUUCAGAAAAUGUCGGUGAUGAAGAAAUUCAACAAACGAUUAUAAUAAAUGUAUGGGACGAUGUGAGGCAAGAUGUAAAUAUUAAUUUUGAUGAUUACAUCAACAUGGAUGACGACUUGGAAGUAUGCGGACAUUUAUCAGAUUCAGACAUUAUACAAUUAACUGUAAGAUGUACUCAAUCAUCGGAUGAAGAAGAGGAACAAGAAUGUAUUGAACCCCCCAUUCUCACGAGUAUACAAGCACGGAUGCAUAUUAAUGAAUUAAGGCGAUUUAUCGAAAACAAAGGAGAGGUCUGUAUGAUGCCAACCAAAAACGAUGUUGCAUCUACAGCUGUAUCAAUUUUUGACACAUCAUGUGUUCUGAUGUCUUCACUAUAG